AUGGAGUUCAUCGAGUUCCUCAUCGACGGGUUGAAGGAGGAUUGCAACCACGUCAAGGGCAAGAAACCGUACGUCGAGAGGCAGGACGCCAAUGGGCGGCCUGACGUCGUCGUGGCCAUGGAGGCGAGCAACGGCUUCUUGUUGCGGAAUGACAGCGAGGUAGAUGACCUAUUUGUUGGUUUCCUGAAGACUGUCACCACGUGCCCGGAGCGCAGCUGCCGCCACGAAUCGGUGGUGUUCGAGCCCUUCCUGUCGGUGAAGGUCCCCCUCGCGAGCCCGAGCGACCCUGGGGAGGUAAUUUUCUAUGUGACAGUGGUGCCGCUUGCAUCGCGGGGUGCGCCGUUGGGCAGGCAGCAGGUGACCAUAGCAAAGCUCUCGAGCGUUGGAAACCUCGUGGAGGAAGCCGCCAAGGAUGCCCACCUGCGGCCCCUGCAUUGCGCCUUGCUGAAGCUCUGUUCAGGGCGAGACAAGCUGGACGACACCUACAGGACGCUUGUGAAGCCCGAUUAUAGCGAGAGAGUGGACGAGGUGCUGAAGCCCGCGGACGUGCUCUUCUUGUACGAGCUCGAGGACCCCAGCGCCCUCAGGCUGCUGGAGAAGCGGCGGUGGGGCUCUGAGAACCUGCCACGCAGGGACGACAUAGUGGUUGUCACGACCGACUUCUAUUCCAACAGCAACAGUAAGACCAAGCUGCUCCUCCGAGAGGGCACGGUGGGUCAGGUCCGCCGGAUAGACCACGACGGCGACGCACAGAUCAAGUUCGACGGCAUUGAAGUCAGGCAGUGGGUUCUGCAGAGCAAUUUCGACAAGCUGUGGGUCGACUUGAGCAUUGAUUGGGACGAGCGGAGGCGCACGGCUGCGAACGAGGAGUUGACUCUGGCGGAGCUGAUCGAUCCUGACGACUCGGUCCUGUCAACUCCCCCAGACACGUUGGAGGAGGCGCUGACCCAGUGGAGGGAGAGCAUGCUGCCGAUAGACGACGUUCCUUGUUGGGUGGUCGUGCACUUCAGGCGGCGGGUCGCGAGGACAAUGAACAACGAGCUGUAUGGGGUGCCGGCGCUGGUCCGCGUGUCCCGAAACUGCACCGUUGAGGCACUGACCAGGGCGGUGCGUGACGAGCUUACGCAGCGGUACGGGUCCAGCGUAGGGAAGCAUUGGAGGCUCUUGCAGGCGACCUGCGUGUGGGAUGUGACCAGCACUCACGCGCUGAUCUGGAACGAGGCCCAGCAGCAGGGCACCGAGCGGCUACUUUGUCCUCCCGAGUAUUUUGCCGUCGAGUGGGCCGUGGAAGGGGAUCAGAUAGAGCCUCCAGAGGUCACCAGCUGCAGUCUGCUAGCGGAGCCAGCUGAAGACGCGGCACCUGAUCUGACCCUGAACAGGUGUCUUCGGUGGAUCACCGAGACGGAGCAGCUGUCCGAGUCGGAAGCGAAGUAUCCAGAUGUCCUGCAGCUGAAGCGCUUCGAGUACACCGGCCUGGGCGGCGGCCGCAAGGACACGACGCCAGUGUGCUUCCCCCUGGAGGGCCUCGACCUCCGAGAGUUCGGCUCGUCCGGCAUGCCGUCGUUCCCAAGGCCGUGCCUGCGCGCGGGCCGGCGCGUGCGGAUCGCGGGCCUCCAGGCCGCCGCGAGCCAGGCGCUCAACGGGCGGCUGGGCACGGUGAUGUACCUCGACGGCGCCAGGGCCCGGUUCGCGGUGCGCCUGAACGAGGACGACCCUUCUGACCUGUGGAAGAAGAUCAAGGCAGACAACCUUGUCGCCGUCGAUGACGAUGCGUCCGGUGGGGACGCCUCGGCCCCGCCAGCCAGCGCCCUGGCCCUUUACGACCUCGUCUCGGUGUCCAAGCACGUCGGCUGUCAGUCCUUCGGCCACUACGUUGCUUACGCGCGCUCCAGCGAGGACGGCCUCUGGCGGCUGUUCGACGACGAGGACGUCACCGAAGUGGCGGACGAAGAGGUGGCGGCCCAGCAGAAGGGGGCCUACGUGCUGUUCUACCUCAGGCGCGACAUGCGCCCAGCGUGCUGGGGUGAUCCCGCGGCGCCCGCGGUGGGGCCGUCGUAA